AUGGUAAGACUCAAAGGCAGAGCUCUGCAAAAAUUGGAACAAAACUGUGUGAGCUUUUUCUGACAGAGAAGGGGAAAGGUUAAGAGGCAACUACCUCUGUUACACGAGAGGUUCUUGCAAACACAGAAGUUUGUGACAUUUUUUUUUUUUUUUACUCUUAUAAUUUUUAAGAGAACCUGACAGAUCAGUGAGUCUAAGGGCCACGUCACCCAUUUUGCAGAGGCAAACCUGGGUACCAACUGGAUACUCAAGGAGCAGCAGCUCACCAGGACUCCUUGACUCGUAUUCCUGGUUUAUUUGAUACUUAAAACACACUUGCAAAUGUGUUUCACGCUUUCACGCUUUUCUAUUUUAUGUGAGCGCUUAAAAAAGGAGCAUGCUGAAAAAGGAAUGUAUGCUGUGGCCCUUAGGCAGCUGGGGGUUGGAAUCACAUGAGCUCUCUACAGUAAUUAAUCCAGGUCUGCAUUAUUUUGAUAUAAGCCUUAAUGUUACAAGAGACUCAUGUGAACAGCUAGCAUAUAAUAUGGUUCAUCUUCUAACUAAAAAGAAAAGAGGACUGUGGCACUAUAAGCAAAACUGUAAAGGCAGACAUGUUUGCAUGGUUCCCAUGGAGUGCACUUGGAGAAGACUCACACUUUGCAACAUCUUUGGCCAGCAGUGGCCUCUCCUUGUCAUCUUAGAGAGCACAUUCACACAGCAAUUGCCUGUGCUCCUAGUUUGUCACUAUGGUGCCCAACUAGAGAUCUGGCCAAAAGCCUUAGAAAAGGCAGGUCCCUUUUUGCCUGAGACACCUAUGCAAUGAGAACCAGUGUCUGCCUGAGGGAGACACAGUCAUCCCCACCAGCUGUGUGGAUGGAUGAAGGGGACCAGGGUCAAAGUCUACAGGGUAGAAGCUACACGGGCAAUGCAACUGCACCUGAUACCCAAAUGGGUCUGGUGCAGACAUGAUGUUGAGUUGCAAGUCUAAAAAUAUUAGUAGGAAGGUCUGUUGAUGGUAGUUCAGCUGUUUGCUAAGAACCCAGCUUCUCAGUCAAGAUGCAGAUAUACUGCCUACACAACCUUUGGCACUAUCUUCCCCUCCUGCUCUGGUACCAUUGAGUGACCUCUAAGCCUUAUGUUAUUCCUUCCCAUGGAUUACAAGGUGGGGAAAGUUAUCAUAUGUAUGUAGACUAGAGGCUGUCUUCUAAAGUAGCCAAGCCAGGGUAUUUUACCAGCGUGGAAUGCUUUGUAGAACAAAGGCCAAUCAUUUGAUACAGCAGUUGGCUUAGGACAUGGAAAUUCAUGUAGGAGAUAAAGGCAGAGGCCAUGCUUUCAAGCUGGCUGCCUCUUGAAUUCCUUGCACUGUUGAAUUGGUUACUCUACUAAUAAAAGCAUAAGCAGGUACUUGGGCCCUACCUCACUGUGCUGUCUCAUUGGAGGAGACCAGAAAAUGUCACCUUAGCUUCAGAGAAUGCUAGUUGAGUUUUCCAUGCGCAAGGAAACUGCACACUCACCUUGUUGGCAAUCACCCAUUGUAAAGACCCAGUUUUGGCAGCAGUCUGCGUACCUGUUUGGUUCAUCUUGGAGUUGUGGCCACCAUAGCAGUUAUGGAGUUCAUGGAUCUUUCUGAUGAUAGACAGACUGGAAAUAAUUCCAAGUAGAAGGGGUGGCAGCUACUCAUAGUGGACCUACAUACAGGAUGGAAGGCUUGGUUGGUAAGCAUAUGUUCUUGGCAGCUGCUUCAGCUUGGAUGGCAAGCUGGGGUAGAAACUCCCAAAAUGGAGAUUUGCUUCCAACUUGAGUCGAACAAGGCAUUUGGUAGCAACAACUGCAAGUUUCUCCACCCAGCUCCUUCCCUGCCACUCAGGCCUCCCCUGUUCCCCUGCCCCCCCCCCCAAAUAUACAAAGGAUUACCCACAAUGACAAGUGCAAAAUCUGAGGAUGCUUCUUCAGGGCUCUAGGUUGAAUUUGUGUCCCCUACAGGUUUUCUCAACAGUGGCUGCUACAACCUCCCUCCCUCCCUUCCAUUGUAAAUAUUUGUACAGUGUGUAAAAUAAUAAAACUAAAUUAAAAAUCUCAUGUGGUAUGAAGAAAAAAAAAAAGAAAAACAACAACUCACAGGCCCCUUUUCGGGGGCUCCAUCUCACCAACCAGCACACCUGCCAACUCUUGCUUUUGUGUACAAAAGAUCAACAAACAAAGCCUGGUGUUUGUGACUGGCUCCUUUGGACUGUUCCUCUUCUUGCAAAGCAUAGCAGAGUCUUGUAGAGUUGUUGUGGCUGUCACAUGACAUGUACCUUUCAUGCCCUCAUCCUGCCUCCCAUGUAUCUUCAGUUGUUCCCUUAUUUUUUAUUUUUAUUAUCUUGGAGGCAGGAGGGGUUCUGUAUAAAAAUUAAUUUUAAAAAAUACCAACCACCACCCAUCAAACAAAAGAAGAAGUUUACAGUUGUAAGUGCAAUGACCUAAAUCCUUUAUCUGAACAUUGUAAAUGAUGUGUGUGUCCUGCUGUGCUCUGUGAGAACUUGUAGUAUUUCAGUGUACCACCUCAUGUAUUGUGAUUCCGUAUGGGAAGUUGCCCUACAAGGUAUUUCUGUGGAAAACAGAAUAAAAGGACUUAAUAUGAUUCACAAGGCUGAGUCCCUACCUGCUGGGGGCACAUAAAGUUAGGGUGGUCCCCCCACCUGGGGGGGUUACCUAGAUUUGAAAGCGGUGUAAACUUUCAUUGCUUCUCCAUACACUUCCUUCUAGAGCCUAGUUUUCAGAUUGGUGGUACAGCCAGUGCUAUUUUUUCUAGAAAAGGAGGUGCUGGAACUCUCUUACAGUGGUAAUGGUGCCCACCUCAGAGGUGCCGGAACAGAGUUCCGCUUAGUUCUGGUUGUGGGAGGGGAAAAGCCCUGUGUACAGCCAUAUCUGGACAGCACUCCUUCAGACUAUGGACAGUUCCUGUAGCUGAAUGUAACUGAAAAUGGCCUGGACACACAGAAAACCACCACUCUGAUAAUGAAGCCAAAACUGAUGAGCAUCAGUCACUGCCUUAUAGAUUGCAGCUGUCACUGACCUAGUCAGCACAUGAGGCUGCCAUGGUCAAAUUAGUCUGGGUCUUUCCCAAUUCUAAAAGGAGAGCUGUACCAGCUGGAAAGGGCCAUCUAUGCACCAGCCAUCCUGACCACAGUGUACUAGAAUGGAGGUGGUUUUACGUGCCACAGCAAGGUGCACACACACCCAUGGCUCCAGAUGUCUCAAGAGUCCUUUCACACACACUCAUCCAGCAAGAGAUCCAAUAUGCACAGUAGAGGAUUUGCUCCCCACCCUGACUGUAGUCAAGGGAACAUGUAACACAAGUAUUACAGUCAGCCAUCUAUCUGUAUGUCCACAGGGUCAAUUUGUGUGAUCAGUCCCCCUCGGGAGGAAAAAAGGGGGAGGGAAGAGCACCCAGAAUGGUUCUUUGUGUGUACAAUGUGCUUCUCCUUUUGCACUAAAUAACAUUCCUGCAUUACUGAAAAAUCCCAGAGAGAAGCCAGGCUUUAACUGGGAAUAGGGGCUGCGGCUGGUGUCUCUUUCUUUUACUGCAUCCAUAAGCAUAAUGUUGCAGUGCCAGGCCAACCCAACAAGCAGUAUAAAUGGAUGCCUCAGGCAUCAGAAGUCAGCUCUAGGGAUGGGGGGUGGCAAGUUACACACACAGAUAUCCAGUGGAGUCCUGACUGAUGAAAGCAGACAGCUUGUACCUGCUGUAGCUGUAACAGAUCUAAUCACAUCAUGAGUGCCCAAAUCCUGCUCCCAUCAUUCCCAGAUUCCCUGCUACAUCACAUAUUCCCAGGGCCUUGAUAAGCAUCAAUGGAUUCCUGAGGAUCCUGAUUGGACUGACUUGCAUCUUCAUGAUAGGUGAGCUCAUGAAGUUGCUUCACAUUGUCAGACACUGGAAAUUUUUUUUUAGAGUUACAAAAGAAAACAAAGUAGAAAAAGAACAAAGAAAGAACAAAGAAAAACACAAACCACAUCCAACAAUACAAAUUCAAAAAAACAAAACAAAAAUACACCGCAAACAUUUAAAAACAAAUCCAUUAUUCUCAAAUCCUCAACUGUCAUUACCUUCUUUCUUUGACCUCCUCCUCCUCCCUUUUUUUGUAUCCUAGUUGUUAAUUGUUGCAGCAAAUCCUUUCCAUGUUUCAUAAAAUUCUGUCAUUACAUUACCUUAAACUAUUUUAAUCUUAUCUUACUAUAAAAAACCUGAAACUUAAAACUUAAAUCUUAUUUUUACCAACUUCUCAUAACCAUAAUAUUCUUACAUAAUUCUUGAAACAUUUUUACUAAAGCCAAGUAAUUUCAUUCCAACAUUUUUCUAACAUUCAUCAAUUUUAUAAAACAAUCCUAGUAGUAGAAAAAGAAAUAAAAACAAUCCAAUCUUCAUCCAGCGUCCUGUCCUCCUGGUCCCGGGUUUUGUCAGUCCUUAUUAUCCGAUCGAUCUAGCGCAUUAACCUGGUAACCUUCACAUUGUCAGACACUGACCCCUGGUCCCACUAGUCCAAUACUGUUUACUCUGGUGGACAGCAGCACCCCCACCUGAGCCUCAGGCAAAGGUUUUUGCCAGCUCUGCUAGCAGAGGUCUCUUAACUGGUGAUGCCAGGGGUUGAAACUGGGAUUUCUGCACUUCCAUGGAGUGACAGCCCUUCCCGUAAAUCCAGACUUGCUGUGCCUAGAUUUGCUACUAAUCCAUUAAUCACAUCACCCUGCCGCAUUCAAUAGACAGAGUUCCAGGUCUUUCAGACAAAUCCUUUAGGACAGGUAGCUGAGAUCUGUGCUCCACCAGAAAGGUACCUGGUCUAGCCCCUGCAGAUGUCAUCUGGGUAGUCAUCAAUAGCAGACCCAGAUAGAACAUGUUACAGUAGUCUAGCCGUGAGGUCACAAAAGCAUAUUUGCUAGGUUUGGGUAGCAUUAAAAAGGGUAUCCCAAAAUGUAGCCAGAUGUAUCAUAAGGCUAUGAACCAGAAAAGCUAGAGGAGUCGCAGUCAGGGAUGAGGGGAAUCGUGAUUCAACAACACGGCUAUCCUACAGGGGAAAUGGCAUGAGCAGAUAGAGCUAUGUCCUACAAACCAGCAGUGAGUAAGACCACUCUAAAGGAUACAAAUGGUGGCAAGGGGCAUCAUAAAGUCACUCAAACAAUAUGAACUAUUUGAUGAACAAUGUGGAAGCCUGCAGAAAGGUUUUAUGAGCUCAACAGGUAGAAAUGGUUUAUUUCUACCACAAGCUCAAGAUCACUAACAAGGACCACAAAUGAUAUGGCCAAGUUUGGGGGAGGAAAAGGGAAACAUUUUUAAAGAGUCUGGAAAAAUAAAUGGUAUUGGGAAAUGCAGAAGAAACAGAAUCAAGGAGCCUUCCUUGGAGAAGCUUUAAAACUAAUCCAUCACUGGUUAGUAGCUAACAUGCUACCUACCUACAGAUGAUGUUGGACUAUACAGUUCCCAUCUCUAACCACUGGCCAUGCUGGCUGGCAGUGUUGGGAGCUCAAAGUUAAACAAUUUUCAGAAGGCACCACUUUAGUUCUUGCUAGGGUGGGGAGCCUGGACCCAAUAUUGAUUUUCUCUCUCUCUCUCUUUUAACCAGGGACAGAAUUACUGUGGGUUUAAGGCUGUCCAGGACUUUCCCAAAAUAAUCCCUGUGUUAAAUUAAAUUAAAAAAACCACAGCCAAAGUACCCAAUUUCUCCACAUUUCUAUGUCUUUGUAUGAUUUUAGGCGGGGUUGUGUUUUAAAAAAGAAUGGCGUCUUUGACUUCUCAGAAUUGCUUCUGCUGCUUUUUCAGCGCGCACACACAGAGAGUGCUCAAAUCGACUUCAGGUACAGACAUAGUUCAUAUCACAUCCAAGGCUUUAAACAAGCACAUUACAUGUCAGGAAUAGCAUGGAAGAGGAUGCCCACCUGCUGCUGUCUCCAACCCUGAGGCUGCAAGGGCUUAAAGCAUCAAGGCCUGUCAAAGACAUUGCUUCUCUCAGAAAGCCAAUUACCCUGCCCCCUCUUCUUCUUUUAACUGUUUAUCCCUCUCCCAUCAUACCUGGGUCUCUCUCAGCCCACCCACUGCAUAUGGAUGCGGCUCCCACUCAGUGCCUGCAGAACCAUCUGCCACCGAGUGCUUCCUGUUGCAGUUCAGCUGAUUAGCAGCACACAGGAAGCGCCAAUCUGGAAGGUGUGAUUUGUCAUUCCACUCCAGUCACCCUGCCAUGGGGGCAGCUUCCCACUCGGCUUUGCAGGGCGAGGUUUUCUCCUGACCCUGAGAUAUUGGCUGGCUGGAUUAGCAGGGAAGCUGCUCCCAUAGACCUUAAGCCUUAACAAGCUGGGAAAGGGUUGGUGCCUGCCUCCGGCAGACACUGCCUCCUGCUAGGAGCCCCAUCCAUUCACAUUUUCAAGCGGCUGCCUGCAGACCCAGGAGCUGCACAGCUUUCCUGUGGGAGUCACAUGGCAUGUGCUAUUCCCCGUUCAAGUACUGGCGCAGGAACAUUUAGUCCCACGCAGCCAGAGUUGGCAAGAGCUUGUGCGAGGCACCCCUUGUUUGCCAAGAGAGGUGUCUGCAUUGAUUCCAUGGAGUCAUGAAAGCGACGUGUGUGCCCUUCUGAGAUGAAAGUACAGUGCAUGAAGUGACAGCCAAAACCAAGCAAAUCACUCUUCCUUUCCAAAGCUGCAGGUGCCGGGCCCCCAAGCGGGUUAGAUGGAUAGCUAGAUCUGUUGCAAAGGCAAGACGAGAGGAACUGCUCAUGAACAAUCUUCCACAGUUGAAUUAUAAAUACUUAAAGGGGGGGGACGGGCUGUGAGGAAUUAUGGGAUGCAGGAGUAUCCAUAGUUCAAGUGCCAUACACACAAAAACCAAUGGUCUCACUCUACAAACUUUUGGACCUAUUCCAUUUUCUAUAACCCCUCCUUCCCUCCGCUGACUGCCAGCAGCCUGCUUUUUCCUCAAAGGACACCCCUUCUGUCACCUUCCACUUCAUGUGGUAAAAUCAGCUUAUCAUAGCACCACAAAUAACACAGUGGACCACAGAGCAGCUAGGGCCUUCCCUCUCCCCCUUGACUGCUGUCUAGCAGAAUCACGAAGAACAGGAUCCAGAUGCUCAGUCCUUGGUAGGGCACUGGAGAACCCAGUGACCUUGCCCUCUUCCCAGUGGCCAUGUCCCUUUAUGAAAACAGCAGAGCUAAGCAAUGCUUCACCAUCUGCUAAGCAUCACAAGAACAGAUACAGCUGAUGCACAACUUUCAUUGAGCAACAUCAGUGAUGGUAAAGGAGCAUCCAAGCUGUGGUGUUGUUGUUUUUAAAAACUCUCUUACAGAAACAAUUGGAAAUGCUGAAGCAGCCCAGGGAUUCAUACCAGCACACAGUGCAGAAAACAGUGGUAGCAAGACAAACUGCAGCUCCAUAAUUGCUAAAACACAACCUAAGGGUGAAGGAAUUACAAGUGACUUUCACAUGCAAUGGACACAAAUUGGAAGAGGCUUUGGUAAUUGGCUUGCCACCCUGCCUGUGGAGCUGCUAAAAUUGUAAAUAAGAUCCAAAAACAGUUAUAUUGGCAUGAGAUUUGGUGUCCCUUUCUAUUAUUCCUGAAUGCCUAGUGUGAGCCCCACACUGAACGGCAUGUGGGUUUUUACUUGGCUGGACUUUACUCAAACAUGCCUGAAUGUCACUGUGACUGAACUGGAGGUAUCAACCACACCAAACCUAUGUCACUACUUUUAAAAACAAACCUGUUUUCAUUUCCAUUAGGUCUGGUGUUUUUUUUAAAAAAGUACAUUCACAAUUCAAGCUAGUAGCAGCAGAAUCGCUGAACUUCAUUUGACUUUUGCAAAGAUAAAAUUCAGAUUGGAAGUAGUAGGUGGUUGAACAACCCUCAUAAAAAUGUAGGCUUUUCGUUCCAAGUUAGUGGCAGCCAGAUGAUUGCAGAAACGUUUCAAAUUUGCUGCCUCUCCCCGCCGCUGCCACCUACACAGAAAAUAUGAGUCAAAUUCAUAAUAAACACAAGCACGACAUUUAUUUAGGAAAGUAAAGAAACAAUUUAGGAUGAGAGGAGAAUAAGGAGAAGUAUGGGGCUAACGUUGUGGGGUGGCCUAUUUUAAGCCACUGUCCUUGAAGCCCCGCCACGAGGAUCUUCGCCUGCAACACAUUUUUAAGUGAUUGCAAAUUCACAUUAGAGUGGGGGAAAGGGUCGGUUUAGAAAGAAAAGAGCACCAACGGGCCGGGUGGUCAGAGACGUCCACGCCAAGCCGAGGCUUUGCCUUGCAACACAGGAAGUCCUGUCUCCAGAUGAAAGGAAUGACCAGGCUUCCCACUGAGCAGCGCGCGCUGAUUUUGACGGGCAGGUCCAUAGCCAAUGGAAGUAGGCGGGACCGAAAAGGAACAGCCCCACCCACCCUGGAGGUACCGAGCGGAAGGUGA